AUGGAAGUUAACACAGCCCACAAAAUGUUUAUGGAUGCGUCGAUGAGGUCAUGCAAACCAGAAAAUGAUGACGCCAGUAGGAAUGAGCAAACACUUACCUUUUUACCAGGCCUUAAUCCCCUAAACAAGAUUACUCUGGAACAGUAGCUUCAGAUGCCUCAUAUUGACCAAAUGCUUGGCAGGCUACACAGAUCAAUACUCUACUUGGCAUUUUACCUCACAGACGCGUUCCUACGAAUCCCCAACCCUUAUGUCGGGCUCAAAACGACGUUCCAAACCCCCAUUCGCCAACGCGAGCACACCUGCAUGCCGUUUAUACUUGUAAGUGCCUCAACGGAACUGAAGGGGCAAGUUAAUCAGGCUUUCUAUGAGCUUAUCAUGGGACACUGGCUGAGCGGCUACAUGGUAGACGUCUUCGUAUUCAGCCGAGACGUUCACGCCAGUCUACAGCACCUGCAGCGCGCGCAUCAGCUGUUGCGGGAGAAGCAGUGGUAAUUAAAAGCACUCAAGUGUUCUCACUACACUCUAAAUUAUAAUUCUACCGAUCGUUUUUAUUACGGCUUUACUGGAUCCAAGCAACGGUAUUCCGUGGAGGAAAAGAAUUUAUGUGAUGUGGCGGGGUGUGGAAAUCUGUCGAUCAUUUUAACAAGGACAUCAUUUUACUGCACAGACCGACCAGCAGUCUUCAAUAUACCUUACGAAGAGCCUUUAGGUAAGAGUACAACUGCUCUUAACCGUGACGAUUCACAGUUUCUGUAA